AUGGCGUUCCCUUUGGGAGCCUUUCUGACCUCAUCAUUGCUCUUUCUAAUUGCAUUGCCAAUUCCUGAAGUCCAUGCAAACAUUGUUGGAGGACGCAACAAAGCGCUUACCCCCAAGCAUCAUCGCCCCAAGUUUAGGCCUGGCCCAUGGAAGCAAGCUCAUGCUACCUUCUAUGAAGGAGGCUCUGGAACAUUUGGAGGAGCUUGUGGGUACGAGGAUGUGGUUAAAGACGGUUUUGGGCUUGAUACUGCAGCAUUGAGCACAGUUAUGUUCAACCAGGGUCAAACAUGUGGGGCAUGUUACGAGAUCAAAUGCACAAACUCUCCUCAGUGGUGUAAGCCAGGCCAACCCUCUAUUAUUGUGACAGCAACCAACCUUUGCCCUUCUGGAGGAUGGUGCAGCCCACCACGAGAGCACUUUGAUUUAGCCAAACCAUCAUUUCUCAAAAUUGCAGAAUACAAGGGUGGCGUCGUGCCAGUCCAAUAUCGCAGGGUACCAUGCAAGAGACAAGGGGGUAUUCGGUUCACCAUCACUGGGAAUCCUUAUUUUAAUUUAGUAAAAGUGUGGAAUGUUGGAGGUGCUGGGGAUAUCAUAGGAGUUAAAGUGAAGGGUUCUGAUAAGCUUAAAUGGACAGAAUUGAAGAGAAAUUGGGGUCAGAAAUGGGAGACUAAUGCUAUGUUAGUGGGAGAGUCAUUGACCUUUAGGGUGAGAGCAAGUGAUGGCAGAUACUCUACAGCAUGGCAUGUUGCCCCCAAGAAUUGGCAGUUUGGUCAGACUUUUGAAGGCAAAAACUUCCCUUAA